UAUGGAGCUUUCAAAGAAAAUUGCUGAAAACAAGAGUACAAAUUCAAGAGUCUGUGAGGGGAAAAGAUGUUUUCAUCAUCCAAACUGUUUCAAAGGACGUGAACACCACCAUCAUGGAGCUCCUGAUUAUGGUGUAUGCAUGUAAGACCUCCUGUGCCAAAAGCAUCAUUGGCGUGAUUCCCUACUUCCCGUACAGCAAACAGUGCAAGAUGAGAAAAAGGGGCUCCAUUGUUUCCAAAUUGCUGGCUUCAAUGAUGUGCAAAGCUGGUCUGACUCAUCUUAUUACUAUGGAUUUACACCAGAAGGAAAUUCAAGGCUUCUUCAAUAUUCCUGUGGAUAAUUUAAGAGCGUCUCCCUUCUUACUACAGUAUAUUCAAGAAGAGAUCCCGGAUUACAGGAAUGCAGUGAUUGUGGCCAAAUCUCCAGCCUCUGCCAAGAGGGCACAGUCUUUUGCUGAGCGCCUGCGGCUGGGAAUUGCGGUGAUUCAUGGAGAAGCUCAGGACGCUGAGUCCGACCUGGUGGACGGGCGGCACUCCCCACCCAUGGUCAGGAGUGUGGCUGCCAUCCACCCCAGCCUGGAGAUCCCCAUGCUGAUUCCUAAAGAAAAGCCCCCCAUCACAGUUGUUGGCGAUGUGGGAGGAAGGAUCGCCAUCAUUGUGGAUGACAUAAUCGAUGAUGUUGACAGCUUUCUGGCUGCAGCAGAGACCUUGAAGGAAAGAGGUGCAUAUAAAAUCUUCGUGAUGGCAACGCAUGGCUUGUUAUCUUCAGAUGCUCCCCGACUGAUUGAAGAAUCUGCCAUUGACGAGGUGGUGGUUACCAAUACAAUUCCACAUGAAAUCCAGAAGCUCCAGUGCCCCAAAAUUAAAACCGUGGAUAUCAGCAUGAUCCUUUCAGAAGCCAUUCGUCGGAUUCACAAUGGAGAGUCCAUGUCUUACCUUUUCAGAAACAUAGGUUUAGAUGACUGAACAGCUUCCCUUUUGUGAAACUCCCAGGGCCAAACUGGAAAUGCUAGCGUGAGUACCGUGAGGCAUCUGCCUGAUCUGCUGGGUUUCCCAGGGGCCAUCGUGUUUGUUCCUUUCUUUUUGCUAAUUCCUAUGAAGACAGACCAACUUUUGAAUGUCGGUUUGGAUGUUUGUGAGCUUUUUUGGCAAUUUUUAUAAAAGAAAAACUAUAUUCUCCUCUUAAACUAAGACCUUGUUGUUUUUAGUUUAUUUAAAAUAUAACUUGGAAUAAGAUUUUUAAGCUCACAAACAGUCUUUUUCCAAAAUUGUUGGAGCCUAAGUGCUUAAAAAAUUUAAUAAAAUACAUGAUACUUGCAAUUGAAAAGCCAAAAAAAUUAUACUGUUGAAUCCAGUAGAUGACAUUUUUAGAAAUGAUUUUAUAGAUAAGCAUAUGGAAUAUGUCACCAUUAUUUAUUUUCUGCAACAAAAGAAGGAAUAAAAGCUUACUGUGUUUGUGUGUUUUUUAAAACUUUGUGUUUUGGCAAUUGUUUUAUAACUAAAAUAAAUUGAAAGCUGAAUAUACAGGCCGUGGAUGAGAUGUUCAUCAGCUUGAUUGAGUUUUCUCUUCUGCAAUCUCUCGGGGGAUGCAGCAGCCUCUUAGGGAUGGAAUGUCCCCUGUUCACUUUGUCCAGGACCCUGCACGCUCCUGAUACGUAGUCAUUUGACUGUGACAGGAGAGGAACUCUAACCCUAGGCUGGGGGAUGGGCUUCUUAUUUGACAGCAUAGCCGCUCUGCAAACAAAAUAUGCCACUGUACGUCCUUGGGGAUGAGAUGCUGGAGAGGGUCACAAACGAGCAAGCGAUGUGACCCCUGUCAGUGUCAGCAUCUAAGUACUGGCUGUCCUGGAGUCGAGAACUCGAAACUUGUACCUUAGAGCUUAGCCUACUGUGGGACACUGGGGUCCAUGAGGUAAGCCACUGUGUUCUCCCACUGGGGUUGCGUGUGAGCAGUCCCAUCCAGUCAUGGAGGAAAGCUUCAGACAUCUCACCAAGAAAAAGUUACUUUUUCUUCCAAAAACCUUAAACCUUUGCUUUCUGCCUGUCUCUGUUGGAAUAUGUAAUAAAAUCGUUGAUUCAGCACAAA